AAUGACGAAAGCUGCAGAAACAAAUAAUGACAUAACACACACUAGACUGACAUUUUGCAGAGGACUAUGUAUAAUAAAUUGCCGUGGAUUUAUGGCUUUCAUAGGGUGAACUGUGGCAUCUUCGUGUAGAGAUAUUGACAAUAAACAACAAUUGGAUUAGGUAAAUUGAUUGCGACAAGCAUAUUAUUUUAAUAAAAUAUUUGUUUACGAGAACAAAUUACAGUUUACCGUUGAGCAUGGCUGCUUCACAUCAUAAUCUUCGUCCAAAAUCAGACAUUAAUUGGAGAAAACUUUGUUUUGGUGAACCACUGCCACACCAAAAGAAAAAGAUACUCGAACAGAGACACACCUUACCAGAAACAUAUCAUAUCGAAAGAAUCAUUACCAAAAAAAGUGUUCCAGUACAGGGUUUGUUGUAUCUGGUGAAAUGGGAAGGUUUUCAUGAAGAUGAUAGUACCUGGGAACCGCAAUCACAUCUUGAUGCAGAAUCUAUGUCCAAUUUCUUUCCUGCCUUUAUCAGUUUUGAUCGGUUAAACAGCGCUGCCAGAUUAUUUGAAGAAGUCAUACAGCAGAGGCUAAGACCUAACAACAGAACAAUAUCAACUAAUCUCCGAUUUGACCUGGAUGUGUAUCGCUAUUGUUUUAAUACAGACGAAUCCAUUCGGAUAGAUUCCGUAGACAGCCUGAAAAAGCUUCCUCUUUCAAAUGGAUGGAACUAUAAAUUGAACAAACAGGGUUAUGGGCAAAUAAUAACUUUUCCGUUUCGACUAAGACCAAAACUGCAGAUGAGGAAAAUUUUUUUGCGAAAAGAUGACGGGUCAGUGGAAACAAAAUACAGACCUAUAGAAAUUGUCAAAAUAAUUUCUGCCAGCGAGUCUUUCUGAAGUAGAAGUGUACAUAAAUUUAUUCAAUCCACCAAAAUGUCGGACAAUUUAACAACACCAGACAGAAAGCAAAUAGAAAACUUUUUACAAAUAGGUACGCGAUCGCCGGUAUUGGCUAAAUCAUUUGUUUCUAACAACAAAAUUGUGCUCACUUUGGAAAUAAAGUAUCCGUUCCUGCGAAAAUUAUCAACCUCCAAAUUCAAGUAUCCAGAUCUAUAUUACGUAGACAUUAUCAAUUCGCAACUUGGAUUUCUUCAUCUAAAACAAUGUGAAAGAUUAGAAAAACGAUUUUAUACCGUCUGUAAAGAUAUAGCUCAACUUUAUAAAAAAAACAGUGGUGGCCGACAAAAAGCAAAGUUAGAUCUAAAAUUUACAAAAAUUGCCAUAUUUGAAAAUGACAUUCUUUCAUCGUCUGAGCUCACUUCAUCGUUAGAAAAAUUUGCAGAGGAAAACGUAUCACUUGCCGAUCAAUGUAGGAUUCUAUCAAAGCAAAUCAAAGAAUCCGAGGAGCAAAGAA